CAGAAGGCAUCGCGCCCCCGCCGUCGUCCCCAACUGACGGCGGCGCACGCCAAUCGUCGCCCGCGGCUUAUGAGGACGCUCCGAAGGGCGAGGGGAGGGCUCGGCCUCUCGCGCCUAGUUUCCCGGUCUCUCCCUCAGCUGGGUCUUUGGGCCAUCCUCAGCGAGCGCCCAGGCGCGGCAGAGCCCCCGAGAGAUCUCAUGUGGCCUCACUACCCAAGCCACAUAUUGGAGUGCAGGCAUGCCCUGCCUGAUCUUGUGGGUAACCCAUGGUUCCUGUCAUCUGCAGCUUGGCUGUCUUCAGCUCUUGACAGAUUUCUCGAAGCUCUGCAGAAACAAGUGUGGUGUGUGAUUUCAAGGUGUGAUGGCUGCAAAAGUGGUUCCUAUGCCCCCAAAGCCAAAGCGGUCAUUUAUACUGAGAGUUCCUCCAGACUCCAAGCUGGGCCAAGACCUACUUCGAGAUGCUACUAGUGGGCCCAAGACCAUCCACCAGCUGGUUCUGGAGCACUUUCUUACCUUCUUGCCCAAGCCAAGCCUGGUCCAGCCCAGUCAGAAAGUCAGUGAGACCUUGGUUAUUAUGAAGGAUGUGAGCUCAGACCUUCAGAACAGAGUGCAACCUCAUCCCUUAGUGAAGCUUCUGCCCAGAGAAGGAAUCCCACAGAAACAGGAGACAGUGUCUGUGUGUUUGAAAGCUAAGCCUGAGGAGCUGAUGGUCUUUGAGGAUUUGAAUGUGUUUCACUCCCAAGAAGAAUGUGUGAACCUGGAUCCUGCUCAACAGCCCACAUCAGAGAAGGAAGAAGACAGUGUUGGGGAGAUGAUAUUACUGGCAGUCAAUGACAGUAAUCCUGAGGGUGAAGAUCUUCAGAAGGAACCUGUAGAGAAUGAAGAUCAUAGAGAAGAAUCUUCAGAUUGUGAUAAAAUGGAUUGUUCCAUGGUCUCUGAGCAACUUCCCAAUUGCCAUAAAGAAGAAAGACUAAAUCCAUCCAUUCCAAAGGAAAGGAAAAUGAGAAAUCUUUUAGUUACCAUUGAAAAUGAUACUCCACUAGAGGAACUCUCAAAAUACGUGGAUAUCAAUGUUAUCGCACUUACCCGAAAUCGGAGAACAAGAAGAUGGUACACUUGUCCACUGUGUGGGAAACAGUUUAAUGAAAGUUCUUACCUUAUUUCCCACCAGAGGACUCACACUGGAGAAAAACCCUAUGACUGUAGUCACUGUGGGAAAAGCUUCAAUCAUAAAACAAACCUUAAUAAACAUGAGCGAAUACAUACAGGAGAGAAACCUUAUUCAUGUUCUCAGUGUGGGAAAAACUUUCGUCAAAAUUCUCAUCGGAGUCGCCAUGAAGGAAUCCAUAUAAGGGAAAAGAUAUUUAAGUGUCCAGAAUGUGGGAAAACCUUCCCAGGGAAUGAAGAAUUUGUGCUUCAUCUGCAGAGUCAUGAGGCUGAGAGGCCAUAUUGUUGCAAAAAAUGUGGGAGAAGAUUUGGUCGGCUGUCAAACUGUACCCGGCAUGAAAAAACCCAUUCAGCAUGUAAGACCCGAAAGCAGAAGUGUGAUCGGGAAAGUUGUGAUGGUCCUGCCUCAACCUGAAGUGUUUUGUAAGGAAUUCUGAAUUCCCAGCCUGUCUGAAAAGAUACAGAUAUGUGAAAACCUCAUUAUAGCCAAAAUUGGAUAAAUGCCCAUCUUUGCUUAAACCUCAAAUUUUUAGAAAAUUCACAGGGAAGAAAACAUCCUCAAGGGCUAUACCUCAGUUAGCAUCCAGGCUUUUUGUAAUAAGGAGCUCUCUUAUGUGAACUUAGACAACAGUGUACAGGUCACAGAUCCCUUUCCUGAGAAAGGCUUUAAAUAUGAGUCUGGAGGCUGCUUACCUGCAAGGUGAACAGCGUGACUUGUGUAUUGAAAGUAUGUCCAUUUUUUCCCCCCACAUAGGAGUUUACACUUGAGAAGAGAAAUAAUGCAAAAGUCGUUAUCUGGAACUUGGUUCCCCUGAAAGAACCAAACUACUGAUAUGUUAAGCCAACAGCUUCUAUUAGCAGUUCAUAUAACCUUCUAAGAACAUCCUGGUAAAGCUUGAGUGUUGAAAGCGAUUGUUUACUUUGGAAUAUAGGAAAAUACAGCAAUUGAAUGUCAAAGACUUACUCUGUCAUUUGUAUGCGAUCUAAACUAAUGAUCAAUUUCAAUAACAUUUGCAAUUUGUGGUGAAAAGUGACUGUUUUACAGAAAUCCUUUUCACAACGUAAUUUAAAAAUGCCUACUCUUCUUACUGUAUUUUGUUCAGCUAUUAAUUGCUCAAACAACUCUCUCAUGCCUUUUCCUUGCUGAAAGAAGCUUGGAUUGCUCAGGCCUGGCCGCCCAGCCCCACAACUAGAAAAGCUCUUAAGAAUCUUGGCCCUCUACUGAGCCAAGAAAACCUGCUAGGAAGGAAACUCCAGGCGACUGAAGAGGAGGAGGAAGAGGUUGGCUUGGCUCCAUACCUGGUCAAUAACCUUACCAAAUGUGUAAUUUUCCUCAAGCAGUCAUCAGACCUUUGGCAAUGGGUGGUCACUACCUCACAAGCAGAGUGUUUUAUUUUUAGAAGCUAUGUUUCCAGUGGCUAGCUCACAUUGCCCCUCAAGAGACAGGAUUCCAGUGUCUUCACUGUAGUGGAUAUUUGUUCUCUUUGGCUUCCAGAUAUCCAGACUUUCCUUCCUUGUCUGCCCAGAGGCAAGGCCAGUGGUGCCUUCAUGGGACCGAUCCUGUGGUGUGUGAGUUUAAGGAUUCUUGGUCAGUUUUGCUCUUUUUAGGGUGCCCAACGUUUUACAUAGGUAUUUUGAUUGGAAUAGGUUAAUCCUGUAAACUAUUUGGGAAAAAUUGUUGACUUUAAAAAUUUUGUUUCCUGGGACCAACCCAGUGGCGUAGUGGUUAAGUUCACGUGCUUCACUUCAGCAGCUGGAGGUUUGCAGGUUCGGAUCCCAGGCGAAGACCUACAUCACUCAUCAAGCCAUGCUGUGGCGGUGACCCACAUACAAAAUAGAGGAAAGAUGUUAGCUCAGGGCCAAUCUUCCUCACAAAAAAAAAAAAGAAAAAUUGUUUCCCAUCCAGAAACAUGCCUUUCCAUUUAUUAGAGUAUUAUAUUCCUGAGUUAAUUUUUCUGAUUUUCUUCAUGUAAGUUCUACACAAUUGUUAUUGUAAAUAGUUUUUUUCUUUAUAUUUUUCUAGUUGGUUAUUGCUCUUACAUAGGAAAGUUAUUUUUAACUAUAUAUUUGUGAAACUAGCCGCCUCACUGAAUGUUCUUAAUUUUCAAUAAUUUCUCAGUUCUGUUAUAAUUUGUGGUUAAAAAUUAUACCCUCUACAAAUACUAGUUUUAUUUCUUUUUUUCUGCCUAUUGCAAUGAUUUGUUAUUUUUUAAACAUGUAGUUCUAAGCUUUGUUUUGGUACAAAGCAUACUGAAAGGAGGACAGUGUAGAUACAAUUCAGUCCUGAGUCCUAAUUAAAAACAAAAACAAAAACAAAACACUUAAUGGCCACAGAAAAACUCUCCUUUAUCGACUGUAUUUCAAGCCACUGGUACCCUUUAAAACCAGGGAUAAAACUGGCUUCCAAAAGCGUUCUUCUCUUGCAAAAUCCUCUAGAAGUCUGGCCCAGGUCCACCUGGUUAUCGGACAGAGGAGCCGCCUGCAGACCUAGAAAAUGUAAAGGUUGAACUGCUGCCUCGCAGUGACUGGAGAGGGUGGGGUCCCUGGGGUGAAAUGGUCCUGUUUCCUGCCCAACGGUUGGGCUACACAGUCCCCAGGGCAUGUGGGUGGGUGACACUCCCAUGACCCAAACCGCCUUGCCACACCCCAGAGGUGCCCUCCAUGCCCCAGGCUGCAGUGUGCACGAGAGCCCAAGUGCUCCCUGUCAGGGUCAGGGUCGUUGCCACCUAGUGUCCCCAGAGGGCAGUUCGUGGGCCAGUCGACUUCCUGGCAUCUGACCCCCAGACCCUGGAGGGGCUGGAGGAGAGGGCCCUUUGCCCCUGCCUGGGAGCACAGGGCCCACACACCCAGGGUUGUCUGCCUCGAGUAAGUGCCCAAUCAGGAACCCGACAAACAGUUAAUGAAAAAAAGUCAACACAACAACAAAUGGGUUUCCAGUUAGAAGAUAGGAAGUACCAAAGAUCUGAUUCCAACACCAACUACAAAUUGAAGGCACACAUCCCCUGAAGACGGGCGCCAGGCCCUGGGUUGUAAAGGGGAGCAACACACCCAUGGAGUUUCCUGGGGUGGGAGUGGGAGCAGAAAUUCAGUAAAUCUCAAAAAUAUGUGUGCAGCUACACACUUUGACAAGUGCUAGGAAGGAAAAGGAUUCUACGAGAGUGUUACAGGUGGAUUUCCCAGAGAGGACUCUGGGGAAGUGGCAUUUAAACUGAGACCCGAAGGAUGAGAUAGGGGAGGAAGGGGGCAGCAGGGGAGGAAGGAGGCAGUGAGGGGAUGUUCCAAUAACAAGACAUGAACAGAUAAUUUUUAGAUAAGGACACAUAAAUGACUAAAAGAAGUAUGAAAGAAUGUUCAGCCUUACUAGUAAUGUAGGAAUUACAAGUUGAAAGAACAAGAUGUCAUUUUAGAUGUAUUACAUGAGCAGGUGUGUGUGUCUAAAUGUUUGGCUUGGCAAAAGAGGAAUGAUAGCAUCUAUCUACUGUGACAAAAAUGUUUUAAAAAAUUAUUACUCUUUGACCCAGUAAUUUAUCUUCUAUGUACAAGGAAAAACAUAACAUUAUAAUACUGAAAAAAUUAGAAACAACCUAAAUGGUUGAAUAAAUAUGGUGGAAUAUUGUAAAGCUAAUAAAAACAACGCUUUUCAUUAAUCUUGUUUGGCAGAGUGGGUUUCGUCCUCUUUCCAUUCUCUCUUGAGCCCACUCUAGUUUGACUUUCAACUCCAACACUUCACUGAACAUUUAUAGACUAUUUCACCCAACAACAGCAGAAUACAUGUUCUUCUCAAGCUCACAUGAAACAUCACCAAAGCAGACUACAUCUGGGCCAUGCAAAUUGAAAAGAAUAGAAAUCAUACAAAGUAUGUUCUCAGAUCACAAUGAAAUUAAACUAGAAGUUAAUAAAAGAAAGAUAGCUGGAAAAAUCCCAAAAUAUUUGGAGAUUUAACAACACACUUCUAAAUAAUAAAUGGGUGAAAGAAGGAGACUUGAGAAAUUUAAAAAUAUUUUUAACUAAAUGAAAAUGAAAAUACAACUUAUCAAAAUUUGUGGGAUGCAAUGAAAGCAAUGCUUAGAGGGAAAUUUAUAGCAUUGGAUGCAUAUAUUGAAAAAGAAGAGGGCUGGCCCAGUGGAAUCAUGGUUAAGUUCAUGUGCUCCACUUCAGUGGCCUGGGGUUCACAGGUUCAGAUCCCAGGCGUGGACCUACACACCGCUCAUCAAGCUACGCUGUGGCAGCAUCCCACAUACAAAUCAGAGGAAGAUUGGCAUAGAUGUUAGCUCAAUGACAAUCUUUCUCAAGCAAAAAGAGGAGGAUUGGCAACAGAUGUUAGCUCAGGGCCAAUCUUCCUCACUAAGAAAAAAAGAAGAAGAAGAAAGAUCUAAAAUCAAUAAUCUUAAGUUGCCAUCUUAAGAUCUACAAAAGAAGAUGUAAUUAAAUCCAAGGUAAACAAAAGAAAAGACAUAAUAAAAAUUAGAGUAGAAAUCAAUGAAAUUAAAAACAGGGAAUCAAUAGAGAAAAUCAACAAAAUCAACAGCUGUUUCUUUGAAAAGAUCAACACAAUUGAUAAUCCCCUAGCCAGACUAAUCAACAAUAGAAGAUAGAAGGCACAAAUUAAUACUAUCAGAAAUGAUAAAGGGGCCAUCACUGUGAAUCCUAUGAACAUUAAAAGGAUAAUAAAGGAAUAUUGUGAAUAACUCUAUGCCCAUAAAUUUGAUAACCUAGAUGAAAUGGACCAAUUCCUGAAAGACACAAUCUACCAAAACUCACUCAAGGAAACGUAAUCUGAAUAGGCCUGUAUUAAUUAAAGAAACUAUGAAUAAUUAAUAACCUUCCAAAACAGAAAGCACCAGGCACAGAUGGUUUCACUGGUGAAUUCUACAAAACAUUUAUGGAAGAAAUUAUGCCAAUUCUCUACAAUCUCUUCCAGAAAACAGAAGCAGAGGGAACACUUCAUCACUCAUUCUAU